AUCGUAUUUGAAACAUAACCUUAACCAGACUGCUAACCUUAAGCCUAAACUUUAAUUAAGAACAAAAGGCACAUUUUUGUUUUCAUGAAUUUUUACGAUAAAGCCCGUUGACGAUAGCCAAUUUUGACUUUGUGGAUAUGGUAACUAGUGCCAACCCAGAAGGAGUUGCAACAUUUGAAGUAUCAAGAAGAAAGUAUUAAAUCUACCUUGCUGUUUCUAUGUCUCAAGAUGACAAGCGUUGCCCUCCUGAGGAGUUGAAGCGCUGGAGCUCGCCUGGCCUUGAACAUGAAUUCACCAGAGGACGGUUCUUCCUUUUCCACUCAGAAGAACUCAAAUUGGACCAACCACCAAACAUCCACUCCACAGCCAGGACUUAGCCCUGCUAGCCCAGUUCAAACACCUGUUUCAACCAACCCUGCUAGCCUGUCUCAAUCACUAAUUUCACCCCAGAAACAGAGGACAGCAGAGAACGGAACCUCUGAUGCAUCACAGCCACACAGUGAACGGCGCAAGAGGGGGAGGCCACCCAAAGACAAGACACCUCAUACUGUCCCAGAACAUCAGAUCCAGUCCCCUUCAGAUUCAGACCCAUGUUCACAGCGAGAGGAAGAAACUAAUGCUGUCAGAGUGAUACAUCCCCUCUCAUCCAACUCACCUGUGCCUGAGGACCGAUGUCAGUCACCUGAUGCCCUAACAGAGGUUGAGACACAGCCCCUGUCACCCAGCCCACCUGUGGGCACCUCUGAACUACCUUCCCCCACCAAGGAUUUACAGAGGGUACAUUGUAACGAAGGGUCCCGUCUCUGUAGUCCAUCUGUAGAACAAGGAGAUACAACCAGCCAUAAUGUCCUAAUUGCUAGAGAUCACACAUAUUCACUGACCAGAGAGCUAGAGGCUGAACCAUUUGUUUCACCCCAGAAACAGAGGACCACAGAGAAAGGAACCUCUGAUCAGUCACAGCCACACGGUGAACGGCGCAAGAGGGGGAGGCCACCCAAAGACAAGACACCUCAUACUGUCCCAGAACAUCAGAUCCAGUCCCCUUCAGAUUCAGACCCAAGUUCACAGCCACACGGUGAAUGGCACAAGAGGGAGAGGCCACCCAAAGACAAGACACCUCAUACUGUCCCAGGACAUCAGAUCCAGUCCCCUUCACAUUCAGACCCAAGUUCACAGCCACACAGUGAAUGGCACAAGAGGGGGAGGCCACCCAAAGACAAGACACCUCAUACUGUCCCAGGACAUCAGAUCCAGUCCCCUUCAGAUUCAGACCCAAGUUCACAGCCACACAGUGAAUGGCACAAGAGGGGGAGGCCACCCAAAGACAAGACACCUCAUACUGUCCCAGGACAUCAGAUCCAGUCCCCUUCAGAUUCAGACCCAAGUUCACAGCCACACAGUGAAUGGCACAAGAGGGGGAGGCCACCCAAAGACAAGACACCUCAUACUGUCCCAGGACAUCAGAUCCAGUCCCCUUCAGAUUCAGACCCAAGUUCACAGCCACACAGUGAAUGGCACAAGAGGGGGAGGCCACCCAAAGACAAGACACCUCAUACUGUCCCAGGACAUCAGAUCCAGUCCCCUUCAGAUUCAGACCCAAGUUCACAGCCACACAGUGAAUGGCACAAGAGGGGGAGGCCACCCAAAGACAAGACACCUCAUACUGUCCCAGGACAUCAGAUCCAGUCCCCUUCAGAUUCAGACCCAAGUUCACAGCCACACGGUGAAUGGCACAAGAGGGGGAGGCCACCCAAAGACAAGACACCUCAUACUGUCCCAGGACAUCAGAUCCAGUCCCCUUCAGAUUCAGACCCAAGUUCACAGCCACACAGUGAAUGGCACAAGAGGGGGAGGCCACCCAAAGACAAGACACCUCAUACUGUCCCAGAACAUCAGAUCCAGUCCCCUUCAGAUUCAGACCCAAGUUCACAGCCACACAGUGAAUGGCACAAGAGGGGGAGGCCACCCAAAGACAAGACACCUCAUACUGUCCCAGAACAUCAGAUCCAGUCCCCUUCAGAUUCAGACCCAUGUUCACAGCGAGAGGAACAAACAGAUGCUGUCACAGUGACACAUCCCCUCUCAUCCAACUCACCUGUGCCUGAGGACAGGUGUCAGUCACCGGUGAGGAAGUAUAGAAAAAGAUCAGAGACCCCUAAGGUAGACCAGUCGCAGGAGACUGACCAGUCGCAGGAGACUGACCAGUCGCAGGAGAUCCAGUCCCCAUCUGAUUCAGACCCAAGUUCACAGCCACACGGUGAACGGCGCAAGAGGGGGAGGCCACCCAAAGACAAGACACCUCAUACUGUCCCAGGACGUCAAAUCCAGUCCCGUUCUGAUUCAGACCCAUGUUCACUGCCACACAGUGAACGGCGCAAGAGGGGGAGGCCACCCAAAGACAAGACACCUCAUACUGUCCCAGGACAUCAAAUCCAGUCCCGUUCUGAUUCAGACCCAAGUUCACAGCCACACAGUGAACGGCGCAAGAGGGGGAGGCCACCCAAAGACAAGACACCUCAUGCUGUCCCAGGACAUCAGACCAAUCAGGCCCUAACAGAUACACACGCAUGUUCACAGCCAGAGGACCAAACAGAGGCUGAGACACAGUCCUUGACAUCCAACUCACCUGCGCCUGGCCUUGAGGACAGGUGUCCGGCACCGGUGACAAAGAGGAAGUAUACAAAAAAAUCAGAGACCUCUAAGGUAGACCAGUCGCAGGAGACCGACCAGUCGCAGGAGAGUGAGAAUUUGAGCAAGAGGAAACAUGCAUCUAAAACGUCACAGACCUCCAAGGUAGCUCAAUCACAGGAGACUGUCCAGUCGCAGGAGACUGUGAGGAAGUGGAAACAUACUAGAAAGUCACAGAGCCAUAAAGUAGACCAGUCACAGGAAACUGAGGGGAAUAGGGAAAAGACAUCUGAAAUAUCGCUGAAGCGUAAGCUAGAGUCACAAGUGGAGACUGUAAAAAAGAGAAAAUAUACUAAGAAAUCAAAAAGCCAUAAUGUAGUCUCUGCCAACCACAUCUCAUUCCCUGUGCUAUCUGCAGACCUCUCCCCCAGCGUUGUCUCUUCCACACACAACCCUCCUGGUGUCCCAAAGAGAAAACAUAGAAAAAAACCACAGAGCCACAGGGUAGACUCUGAGAUCGUCUCUUCAUUCCCUGUUCUAUCUGCAGAACUCUCUUCUGGCCUAAAGAGGAGCCUCUCUCCUACUCUCAGCCCUCCUGGUGUCUCUUCCUCGACAAGCACACCUAAGAGAGUCAGAGGCAGAACUAAGGGGGUCCAGCAACAGAUCUGUCUUAGCUCCACCCCAGGCCCCAGAUCCUCCAUAGGAACAGCCAACCCCUUCUCUGUCUCUCUGUCUCCCCUGGCCCCCAGCUCUAAGCCAGACAGCCCUCAGAACGCCUCACCUAUCACCUGGAAGCUGUUCGAUCUAGACAAGAUUCCAGAGCCAGACAGAGCUGUACCCAGCAGUAAACCUUGGGGUAAACCCAGAGGUCGACCAAGGAAGGACCCGGCUGGAGUGAAGAAGCCGGCUGUAGUGAAGGGAGUGAAGAAGCCGGGUGUAGUGAAAAGAGUGAAGGAGAGGGCUGUAGUGAAGGGAGUGAAGAAGCCGGCUGUAGUGAAGGGAGUGAAGAAGCCGGCUGUAGUGAAGGGAGUGAAGAAGCCGGCUGUCGUGAAGGGAGUGAAGAAGCCGGCUGUCGUGAAGGGAGUGAAGAAGCCGGCUGUCGUGAAGGGAGUGAAGAAGCUGGCUGUCGUGAAGGGAGUGAAGAAGCCGGCUGUCGUGAAGGGAGUGAAGAAGCCGGCUGUCGUGGAGGGAGUGAAGAAGCCGGCUGUCGUGGAGGGAGUGAAGAAGCCGGCUGUCGUGAAGGGAGUGAAGAAGCCGGCUGUCGUGAAGGGAGUGAAGAAGCCGGCUGUCGUGAAGGGAGUGAAGAAGCCGGCUGUCGUGAAGGGAGUGAAGAAGCCGGCUGUCGUGAAGGGAGUGAAGAAGCCGGCUGUCGUGAAGGGAGUGAAGAAGCCGGCUGUCGUGAAGGGAGUGAAGAAGCCGGCUGUCGUGAAGGGAGUGAAGAAGCCGGCUGUCGUGAAGGGAGUGAAGAAGCCGGCUGUCGUGAAGGGAGUGAAGAAGCCGGCUGUCGUGAAGGGAGUGAAGAAGCCGGCUGUCGUGAAGGGAGUGAAGAAGCCGGCUGUCGUGAAGGGAGUGAAGAAGCCGGCUGUCGUGAAGGGAGUGAAGAAGCCGGCUGUCGUGAAGGGAGUGAAGAAGCCGGCUGUCGUGGAGGGAGUGAAGAAGCCGGCUGUCGUGGAGGGAGUGAAGAAGCCGGCUGUCGUGGAGGGAGUGAAGAAGCCGGCUGUCGUGGAGGGAGUGAAGAAGCCGGCUGUAGUGAAGGGAGUGAAGGACCCGGCUGUAGGGGAGAGCGUGAAGAAGCCGGCUGUAGUGACGAGAAUGAAGGACCCGGCUGUAGGGAAGAGAGUGAAAACUCAGUGUGGUAAGAAGGUGAAGACUGCAGCAGAGGGAGGUUCCCAGACCUGCAGCUCAGAGGAGGGGCCUCCAGCCAAGCACAGACGUAGAAUCAGGAAGGGUCUUACAGCAGAGGGAGUGGAGAGAGUCGGGCUGCAGAGUGACGACAGCACCAGCUCUCAGCCAAUCCAAUGCUCCAGACCACGGUUUGAGCUACUGGAGUUGGACUCACCGGACGAAGACACAGGAGAUGCCUCCCUGUCCUCAAACCUGUCCAUCGAACUGAGCCUACAGGAAGACCACCUGACAUCACUUCCUCUUGAAGAGGAGGAGGAGGAAGAGCAGGAGGAUGAGGAAGAUCUGCCCAGUUUCUUAAAUAACACAAAGCCGCUGUCCAUAACAGAGGGAAUAUGUGUUUGGUGCAAAUUUAGAAACUAUCCUUUCUGGCCGGCAAUGGUGAAAAGCGUGAACCGGAAGAUGAAGAAAGCCAGCAUUGUGUUUAUUGACAACCUGCUGUUUGACAAGAAGAGGAUACGAAAAGGCUUCUCUGUGGCCUUAAAAACAUUGAAGCCUUUUGACUGUGAAGAGGCUGAUCAGCUUGUGUGUAAAGCCAGAGAGAGUUAUGAUGCUGCCAUCAAAUGGUGCCUGGAGCUGAUCGCCGACUAUAGAAUCCGUAUCGGAUGCGGCUUCACCGGUUCCUUCAUUGAAUACUUUUCAGAUGACAUAAGCUGUCCUGUGAGGAGACGUUAUCCUCAGAGUACCUCUGACCUCAACUUCCCCAGUAAGCUGAUGUUGGAGGAGCAGUUUUUAACCUCUGACCUUGGGGAGGAAGAGGAGGAGGGCAGCGGCCGGCAGGAGGAGGAGAGGAGGAGGAGGAGGAGAAGGAGGAAGCUGCUGCCUGACCGCUCCAAGGCAGCACGUAACCGUGCCAAUGAGAAACUGGUGGACUUCAUCGUUAAGCAACGCCGGGUGGAGACACGCCUUCUAGGUGUGAUCGGCGGGCAGCAACAAUCUAAGUGGUUGCGAUGGUUCCUGGCAGCCAGCCGUUCAGUAGUGGACACCUACCUGGAGGAUGAGGAUCAGCUGGACCAGGUGUAUCAGUACCUGAGGGGGGUGUAUGAUACCGCCCCCCUCACCGCCCCCUGCCUGGCUGACGUUGACCGCAUUCGCCUCGUCCUGGACGUCCUCUUACCGGAGGCUAUUAUCUAUGCCAUAGCUGGAGUGGACAAGUUGUCACUGGUGAAGGCAGAGGACAAAUACCUGAAAGGGCCCUGUCUGAGUAAAAGGGAAAGAGAGGAGUUUGAUUGGAUGAUCGAGCAACAGAUGAAGAUGAAAGCAUCGAUCGGUCAGCGUCCUGCGCACUGAACAACAUUGCCUACUUGGCUUCCAGCCUUCAGACUUCAGCCGAGAUUAAAUCCGAGGGCGUGCUGUGUAGUGCUUUACCUUCAAAUGUAAUUUCUGAUUGAGACGACAUCUGCAGCGUUUUACCGUGAAUGCGAUCUCCACAAAUGCGGCAACGUUGCAUUUAGUCCCAAAGUUUCCAAAUCACAACAAAGUUGUUGAGCAUCCUGGGACAAAAAGAGCCAUUUAGAACGGUCUCUGAGGACAUUCAACUGCUGUAGUUCAUAGUUCAUACUAGCAGUGGUGUGACUGUGAAUGUGAAACUCCUGGGAGGAGUUACCCUGCGGUCUAGACCAACUACCACAGUAUUUUAUCCAUCAUGGUUGCCCCUUAAGGCUGGAUGACUGUAAAUUCUGUAAAUACUGGCCUAUUUUUAUAUAGAAAAGGAAUGUCUUUUUUUUUCUUUUUUUAAUUGUAAUAUUUUAAUUCCUCUUCCUGUUUGAAUUCCUGUCUAAUUAUGUGGUCAUGUAAGGUUAGCUUGUCGAUACCUUCAUCUAUACCUAUUCCUUGGUGACAGGCAUGUAAUAUUCUGAAUGUGAAUCAUGUCAGCUCAAUAAAGCUUCCUCGGUCACCUA